AGAUGUCAGCUCGGUCAUGUGAUCAGCUGUGUCCAAUCACAGCUGAUCACAUGGGACAUGUACACUGAUCAUCAGGGCACCGAUGAUCAGUGUGCCCUGAUGAUCAGUGUAGCCCCAGCAGUGCCACCUGUCAGUGUCCAUCAGUACCAGCUGUCAGUGCUCAUCCAUGCCACCUGUCAGUGUCCAUCAAUGCCACAUCAGUGCACAUUUCAGUGCCCAUCAGUGCACAUCAAUGCCACAUAUCAGUGCCCAUCUGAGCUGCCUUUCAGUGUUACCUAUCAGUGCCAGUCAGUGGCACCUAUUAGUGCUGCCAAUCAGUGCCGCCUAUCAGUGCCGGUCAGUGCCACCUAUCAGUGUCCAUCUGUGCUGCCUAUCAGUGCCAGUCAGUGCUGCUAUCAGUACCACCUAUCAGUGCCGCCUAUCAGUGCCAUGUAUGAGUGCUGCCUUUCAGUGCCCAUCAGUGAUGCCUGUCAAUGCCCAUCAGUGCCACCUACCAGUGCCUCCUCAUCAGUGCCCAUCAGUGCCACAUAUCAGUGUCCAUCAGUACAGCCUAUCAGUGCCCAUCACUGCAGCCUCAUUAGCGCACAUCAGUUAAGGAAAAAAAUCACGUAUUUACAAAUUUUUAUACCAAAAACUAAGAAAAAACUUUUUUUUUUUCAAAAUUUUCAGUGGUUUUUGGUUUGUUUAGCAAACAAU